UAAAAAGAUAAUUCCCGUCCCAACGAAUGAUUUGAUAAUUGUGAAUAUUACACGUAUUUGAGUUUGGACAGCUUUCAUGAAUUAAAGUAAUUACCAACAAACAUUAGGAAAUAAGCAAGGCUACUAAGUGUUUUUGUAUAAUAGAUAGUUGUAAAUGAAUUUAAAAUUUUAUUAGUAACUGUCAAAUAUUUUUAUUAAAAUAAAUAUUUACUUGCCCCCCUAAAAUAAAUCUAUUAUUUUCUUUUUACCUAUAAUAUUCUAUUAUCUCCCAACUCUCUUCUGGUAAUAAUUCAAAUGAGAUAUUACUUGAUAAUAUAUAAUUAUUUUUCGUUUGUUGCAAAAUAAAUAUAUUUAAUAUAAGAUUUUUAAUAGUCAAGUGAAUGCAUCUCUUUUGAUGUACCUCCUUCGUCAGUGCAUGCCAGAUGCGCAGAUAGUUUACACAAUCAGCCGCCCCAAGGUUGAUUUAGCCCCCAAAAUAUGAUACUAUAAUAUUAACAAAUACAUAAAUAAUCAUGAUAACGAAUAUUGGUUCUGCAGUUUGGGCAGUAUAUGCUAUAAUCGAUUUGCCCCAGUGGUCAGCCAUUAUGUUAAAUAAUAUAAAAAAUGAAGUUAAAGUUGCUUAUGAAAAUGGAAAGAUUUUAUUUGGAAAGAGAUGUUAUAAAAAUAUAGUUAAGAAUUGUUAUGGCAGAAACUCUUUAUAUUUAUGUGAUUCCCCAUGGGUUUUGAUAUAGCAAACGCACUUUAUAACUAGAUUUAAAUAUCCGAAUAUACAUGAUUAAAA